AUGUCUGUCGAGUCCAUCGUGCGGGAUCUCGCGUCGAACUACCUCUCCUACGCGGUGGUGGUGGGGUCAUCGAUUUUGAAGGUGCCGCAGAUUAUGAAGGUGUGGCAGAGCAACAAGGCGGAUGGCAUUUCGCUACUCUCUCUCUUCAUAGAGUUGUUCUCGUACAUCGUUUCGACCAGCUGGGGGGUCGUGCAGGGACUUCCCUUUCGCGACUGCGGCGAGAACAUGUUUAUUGCGCUGCAACUUGUGUUGCUGCUGCUGCUCGUGGCGAAGCUGCAGAAGUCGACGCAUAGGGCGAGCCUCGCGCUGGCGACCGAGCUAUUGCUGCUGUACGUGUUUGCUAGCGGGCAGGUGCCGCGUACCAUCCACGAGUAUGUCCUGAGCGGACAAGUUUUUUUCAACAUGUUCAGCCGCGUGCCGCAGAUCUAUGCGAACUACCGAACCCGGUGCCGCGGCCAGCUGUCUUUUCUCACCUUCUUCCUCGCUUUCGGCGGCGGCGUUGUGCGCGUCCUGACGACGUCCCUGAACGUAUCGUGGGACAAGGGGAAGGCAGUGCUGCUGGUUCAGUUCACUGUUGCCGCCACACUCAACGCCAUCAUCCUGGUCCAAAUACUCUACUACGGCAUCGCGGACCGGAGUUCUAAGCGGGAAAAGGGGAGCCCCGCGAAGGUGAAGUUGCUGAAGAGCCAAUGA